AUGGUGAUUGCUGAUGAUACUGCGGAAGGGGUGUUUGUUUGCUUUGAUGGUGUGAUGACUAAGUUACAUAAUCUGAAAGCAAGCGAAGCUGUUCAGCUGCUGGCUGGAGAUGGUGUGAAUCCUGAAGACGCAAAGAUACCUCCGUUUAUUGCCGACAUGGAGGGAAAAGACUACACUUUCCAGGUUAGGGUAAGUGAGUAUAACUUCAGUGUGAACCAUCAGACGUUUACCAUCACGAGCAUUCUGAAGGAUGGUGAUCGUCCCCCGGUUCCUGACUUUGUGGAAAACUUUGAUCAGGGUGGUGACGGUCAUGAUGGGAACGAUGGUAAACAAAUCUCUGCCAGUCUUGGGAACGGAAGUGCCAGGAUCGGAAUAGCAAAUGACGAUGUCUCUGCUCCUACCGGUGGCGCCCCUGAUGAUUACCCGAGCUCAUCUUCCACCGUUGGGAAGAAGGCGCGUCUCGCCUAA